AUGAUUAAACUCAAGUAACUGAUGAAUUUGGAUUAAAUUGAAUGAAUCGAUAAUACAUGAAUUAAAUAUACAAUCAUGAGUGAAAAAAGGUUUUUUAUUUUUAUUUUUAAGUGUAAAUUGGUGAUAACACAAAACGACGCAGUAUAAGGGUUUCCUCUUUGAUCUAGAAGCUUGUGAGGUGAAUGAAUGAAUAGACAGAAACAUCAUCUUUUCUCUGUUCCUCAGAUUGUGAUUUAUGUUCGUAUGUAAAUAUUUCCAGUUAUCCAAACUUGCAAACUCGGCCAUGAGAUGAGACUACUAGGGAAAAAUUGCCGACUUCUCUGGAUAUAAACUUGGAGGUCAUUCCCAGACGAUCACAAUGGAUUACAAAUUUUAAUGUUGGAUUGAAGUUGAGUUAAAUUGCUAUGUCAAGAACAAUGAGAAGCAAACCUGUCAAUUUAACUGCUACUAAAGAUAUAUUUGUUUCAGCUGUUCGCUUCGCUGUGUCUAUUGAGGUGCCAUGUUUACCAUUCGGCGAUGAGCUAAGAAUUUCUGCUCAAGAGCAAGUUGACUUCAUGCUAGUCGAAGAUGAAGAUAUUACAAUCAUUGUGGCUGAUGAUGAAGUAAAAUCUGUUGUAAGAAUGGGUGUUUACAAUAUCAUCCAUUCAUUUGAAACCGACUUGUCGUCAUUGCUGUUUAAUCCUACCCUCGAGUUUGAGGCUGUGGAUAACACGAUAAUGAGGAGAGUAUCUGAUCUUGAAUGGAUGUGUAAUGUACUACCGAAGAUGGAUUUAAUGAAGAAUUUUGUUUCUAAUUGGGUUGCAGUCUCUAGUAAAAUCUUGUUGAUCAUUGAAGACAAAAAGUUUGAUCAUGUCAUGUGGGGAUUGAAAGUAAAGUUGAUAGAAGUAACAUGCAAGGUUUUGGAAGCAGUUAGUUACGGAAGUGUGAUUGUUCCAGCUCCGAGUCGGGUGCAAUUGUUAAAGACAUGGUUUCCAUAUGUUCGUAAAAUGAAGCCGUUGUUGGAUUCAAAAGCCGUUGAGGAGACUAGUUUUGCUUACAAAAUGGACGAAGAUUUGUGUCAGGCCAUUGAAGGAGCAAUUGUGUCAUUGGUAUUGACAUUGCCGUCAAACGAUCAAGCAGACAUUCUAGCUGACUGGAUUGGAAGUAGGGAAGUUGGAUAUCCUGACUUGAGUGAGGCUUUUGAGGUGUGGUCUUAUAGAAGCAAGUCUGCCAAGAGGAGAUUAGUGGAAGGUUUGCAUGGACACAGUGAUGAAGCUAUUAGCAGUUGAGUUUGUGUCUUAACUCCUAAAACUUUUCCUUUCAUAUUACUUUUUUAAAGAACUUUUGAUGGAGUUUUACUCCUCAUAUGGUCCUAAUCAGCUUGAGAGGUCAGUCCUUGCAGGUCCUGUAGAGGAUAUCUGGUUUAUACCCAAAAAAAAUUCAUGUUGAAAAUACAUUUAGUUUUAUGUUAGUGUUGUAAGAUAAAAAUUAUAAUGUUGGAUGGAGGUAUUGAUUUUGUCAAUGAGAUGUCAGCUCCGUGGUAAGAGUUUGACCUUUUAACCUCAAGGAACGAAGUUCAAAUCCCCAUGAGGACGGUUGUUGUAACAGCAGUUGAGCCAUUCAUAUGGUUCUAUUAACUCGAGAGAUUAGACAUUGUAGUUGCGCAUAGACGAUACUUGAUUUAUACUCAAAAGUUUAAUUUUUUUUAAUACAUUUGGUUUUAGUGUGGUCAGAUAAUUUUUUUAAUGUCGGAUGGAAGUGUUGAUUCCAUGAUGUAUGACACUAGUUGAAUGAGUUGGGGGUAAUCAAAUCCUCAAUUUUAUUUAUUGCUUUCUGAUAAGUAUGAGAUGAAAGUCUAUGAAUA